UGGUGCAAGUGCGGCGAGACCACGAACAAACGUCAUCGGCGGUCGCGUUUUUCGGGCAUCCCGGACUGCGAGAAAAUCAUGCGAGAGAAGAGACGUGGGCAGCGUAAGGUUUAACUGUCGUCUCUGUCCUGCUCUCUCUACGUGAUGUCCGGAAUGGUAAACGAAAAACACGAGUAACGAUGAGGAAGGAUGUCGGUUGAUCGGGAGAGGCAUAGAGAAUCGACGAAAUCGGGUUAGACCCGUGAAAUAACGAAGUAGGUGAAGGGAAAAGAAACGAGCUGAGAGACGACAGGUGAGCAGUGAACCGAGGGUCUGGAUGCAGGGCUCUCUUACCCGAGGUGGUUCUCGAAGGCAGAGGGAUCCUGUUCGCGCCUUUUCUCCGGGAUCUUCGCACGUAGUGGCGCCCUGAUGUGAACGAGGCGCUUGGCAUUUUUAACGUGCUUCCCGACGAAAAUUAUGCGAGAAACGGGUGAAACAACUAAACACUAAACAAUGGCGACACUUCCACCGAGCCCAGCGGCCAUCUUCUCAUUGACGAGAACAUCCUUCAACUAUAAAAAGAAGAUUUUUUAGUGUUUUCAUAGUAUGCCUUAUAUCUCCUACAUCAUUGUAUUUUGGAAUGAAUGAAAAAUACUUUGAACAGGCAACAUUUCUGGAGUUACUAGGUAUAAGAUGGGCAGGUUUAAUUCAAGCAAUUGUGAUACCAUUAUUGUUAACAAUGAUACUAUAUUUAGGACCAUUAUGUGUACAAGGUUUUAGUGGUCUUAGAAGAUUAUGUACCCAGUCUAUGUAUAGAAUUGGAAAUAUAAGGACAUUAACGUGGUGGAGAAGUCAAGUUGUUGCUCCUUUGACCGAAGAAUGGACAUUUAGAGCUUGUAUGUUGCCAUUACUUUUGCAAUGCUUUGCGCCACUUACUGCAAUAUUUGUAUGCUCAUUGUUCUUCGGAGUAGCUCACUUCCAUCAUAUAGUAUAUAGACUAAAAGAAGGCAUGCCACUUAAACAUGCUGUCUCUAUGUCAUGUUUUCACGUUGGAUACACAACGGUGUUCGGAGCAUAUGCAGCAUUUCUAUUUGUUAAGACAGGACAUUUAGUAGCACCACUGACAGUACAUUCUUUUUGUAAUGGUGUGGAAUUUCCUGAUCUUUCUAUGGCAUUUAAGGACCCAUUGAGAAAGUUUUCUCUAUUUGUUCUUGGAUUAGUUUCCUUUUGUUUUUUGUUAAUGCCAAUGACGGAUCCCAAAUUAUUUCACAAUGAAUUAUUUUGGAAUAAAAAUUUUGUAUGAGAGAAAUUUCAUUUGCAACAAUGUCA